AUGUCAGGGCCUCAUGGGGCUUCACUUCCUCCAGCACUGAGGGGUCCACCCAGGCCUGAGGGCAGUUGGGAACAGAGGCGCAGCAGCGCUGGAGACAGCUCUGUCGCUUGUGGUCCUCUAGCCCCGACGCGUAGAGGUACCUCACCCAGCUCCAGAACCCUCUGUCACCCUAGUACGGUGGUCUGCGACGCUCGCCUGCAGCGGAAGCGCGGCGUGCCAUCCCCCCGCUGUGUCAGCCACUCCCCCUCGACAGCCACUACCCCCCCGCGCGGGCCCCCGGCCCCCGCCCUCUGCACCACACGCCCACGCCGCCCCGACCCCGCGGGGGACCCCAGUUUCCCGGCCCUGGGCUUCCCGUCCCCGCCUCCGGCGCGGCCCCCUCCCCGCCUCCGCUCCGCUCCGGGCUCGGGCCCCCUCCCCCCGCCGCCCCCGCCCCCGGGGAAGGCAGGCGCCGCUCGAAGCCGGGGCCGAUGCAGCUAAACCGUGCCGCCGUCGCCGCCGCCGCUGCGCCUGCGGAGCCCCCGGAGCCGCUGUCCCCCGCGCUGGCCCCGGCCCCGGCCCCCCCCGGCCCCCUCCCGCGCAGCGCGGUCGGCGGGGCUCCGGCGGGGGGUCAGGGGGGGCCAGGGCGCCGCGCGGAAUCCCCGUGCGCUCCUCUUUCCGCCGGCAAUAGUCCGGGCCCGGGCGCUAGCACCGGGAUGGACGGCCCCGGGGCCAGCGCCGUGGUCGUGCGCGUCGGCAUCCCGGACCUGCAACAAACGAAGUGCCUGCGUCUGGACCCAACCGCGCCCGUGUGGGCCGCCAAGCAGCGUGUGCUCUGCGCCCUUAACCACAGCCUUCAGGACGCGCUCAACUACGGGCUAUUCCAGCCGCCCUCCCGGGGUCGCGCCGGCAAGUUCCUGGAUGAAGAGCGGCUCUUACAGGACUACCCGCCUAACCUGGACACGCCCCUGCCCUAUCUGGAGUUUCGAUACAAGCGGAGAGUUUAUGCCCAGAACCUCAUAGAUGACAAGCAGUUUGCAAAGCUACACACAAAGGCAAACCUGAAGAAGUUCAUGGACUAUGUCCAGCUACACAGCACAGACAAGGUGGCCCGCCUGCUGGACAAGGGGCUGGACCCCAAUUUCCAUGACCCUGACUCAGGAGAGUGCCCUCUGAGCCUUGCUGCACAGUUGGACAACGCCACUGACCUCCUGAAGGUUCUUCGCAAUGGAGGUGCUCACCUGGACUUCCGAACCCGAGAUGGGCUAACAGCUGUCCAUUGUGCCACCCGCCAGCGGAAUGCAGGGGCAUUGACGACUCUGCUGGACCUGGGGGCUUCACCUGACUACAAGGACAGCCGCGGCCUGACGCCCCUGUACCAUAGUGCCCUAGGGGGCGGGGAUGCCCUCUGCUGCGAGCUGCUUCUCCAUGAUCAUGCACAGCUGGGGACCACUGAUGAGAAUGGCUGGCAAGAAAUCCAUCAGGCCUGCCGCUUUGGACAUGUGCAGCACUUGGAGCACUUGCUGUUCUAUGGGGCCAACAUGGGUGCCCAGAAUGCCUCGGGUAACACAGCCUUGCACAUCUGUGCCCUCUACAACCAGGAGAGCUGUGCUCGUGUCCUGCUUUUCCGUGGUGCCAACAAGGAUGUCCGCAAUUACAACAGCCAGACAGCCUUCCAGGUGGCCAUCAUUGCAGGGAACUUUGAGCUUGCUGAGGUAAUCAAGACUCACAAAGACUCGGAUGUUGUACCAUUCAGGGAAACCCCAAGCUAUGCAAAGCGACGGCGUCUGGCUGGCCCAAGUGGCUUGGCAUCCCCCCGGCCCUUACAGCGCUCAGCCAGUGACAUCAACUUGAAAGGUGAUGCACAGCCUGCAGCUUCUCCUGGGCCCACUCUCCGAAGCCUCCCUCAUCAACUGCUGCUUCAGCGGCUUCAGGAAGAGAAAGAUCGGGACAGGGAUGGUGAGCAGGAAAAGGACAUCAGUGGCUCCUCAGCAGGCAGGGGUAGCCACAACAAGAUCAGCCCCAGCGGGCCUGGCGGAGCCGGCCCCGCGCCCGGCCCCGGCCCGGCGUCUCCCGCGCCCCCCGCGCCGCCGCCCCGGGGCCCGAAGCGGAAACUUUACAGUGCCGUCCCCGGCCGCAAGUUCAUCGCUGUGAAGGCGCACAGCCCGCAGGGCGAGGGCGAGAUCCCGCUGCACCGCGGCGAGGCCGUGAAGGUGCUCAGCAUUGGGGAGGGCGGUUUCUGGGAGGGAACCGUGAAGGGCCGCACUGGCUGGUUCCCAGCUGACUGUGUGGAGGAAGUGCAGAUGCGACAGUAUGAUACACGGCAUGAAACCCGAGAGGACCGGACCAAGCGUCUCUUUCGUCACUACACUGUGGGUUCAUAUGACAGCCUCACUUCACACAGUGAUUAUGUCAUUGAUGACAAGGUGGCUAUCCUGCAAAAACGGGACCAUGAGGGUUUUGGCUUCGUUCUCCGGGGAGCCAAAGCAGAGACCCCCAUUGAGGAGUUUACACCCACACCUGCCUUCCCUGCACUCCAAUACCUUGAGUCUGUAGAUGUGGAAGGUGUAGCCUGGAGGGCUGGGCUUCGAACUGGGGACUUCCUCAUCGAGGUGAAUGGAGUGAAUGUCGUGAAGGUUGGACACAAGCAAGUAGUGGGUCUCAUCCGUCAGGGUGGCAACCGCCUGGUCAUGAAAGUGGUGUCUGUGACCAGGAAACCGGAAGAGGAUGGUGCUCGGCGCAGAGCCCCACCACCCCCAAAGAGGGCCCCCAGCACCACACUGACCCUGCGCUCCAAGUCCAUGACAGCUGAGCUUGAGGAACUCGCUUCCAUUCGGAGAAGAAAAGGGGAAAAGUUGGAUGAGAUCCUGGCAGUUGCUGCGGAGCCGACACUGAGGCCAGACAUUGCAGAUGCUGACUCCAGGGCAGCCACUGUCAAGCAGCGGCCCACCAGCCGGAGGAUUACCCCUGCCGAGAUCACCUCAUUGUUUGAGCGCCAGGGCCUCCCAGGCCCAGAGAAGCUGCCGGGCUCUCUGCGGAAGGGGAUUCCACGGACCAAAUCUGUAGGGGAGGACGAGAAGCUGGCAUCCCUACUGGAAGGGCGCUUCCCACGCAGCACAUCAAUGCAGGACACAGCGCGUGAAGGUCGUGGCAUUCCGCCCCCGCCGCAGACUGCCCCACCACCCCCACCGGCGCCCUACUACUUCGACUCUGGGCCACCUCCCACAUUUUCACCGCCGCCACCGCCUGGCCGGGCCUAUGACACUGUGCGCUCCAGCUUCAAGCCAGGCCUGGAGGCUCGCCUGGGUGCCGGGGCCACUGGUCUGUAUGAUUCUGGCGCGCCUUUGGGCCCGCUGCCCUACCCUGAGCGUCAGAAGCGUGCCCGCUCCAUGAUCAUCUUGCAGGAUUCAGCACCAGAAAUGGGCGACAUACCCCGGCCUGUGCCUGCAGCUACACCACCUGAGCGCCCCAAGCGCCGGCCUCGGCCUUCUGGCCCUGAUAGCCCCUAUGCCAACCUGGGCGCCUUCAGUGCCAGCCUCUUUGCUCCGUCGAAACCACAGCGCCGCAAGAGCCCGCUGGUGAAGCAGCUUCAGGUGGAGGACGCUCAGGAGCGUGCGGCCCUGGCCGUGGGUAGCCCGGGCCCAGUUGGUGGAAGCUUUGCACGAGAUCCCUCCCCAACGCACCGGGGGCCCCGGCCGAGUGGCCUUGACUACGGCUCUGGAGAAGGCAUGGGGCUCACAUUUGGCGGCCCUGGCCCUGGCCCCGGCAAGGAGCGGCGCCUGGAGGAGAGACGCCGUUCCACUGUGUUCCUGUCUGUGGGUGCCAUCGAGGGCAGCCCUCCCAGCCCAGAUCUGCCAUCCCUUCAACCCUCCCGCUCCAUUGAUGAGCGCCUCCUGGGGACAGGCGCAACCCCUGGCCGCGAUUUGCUGCUCCCCUCCCCCGUCUCUGCCCUGAAGCCAUUGGUCAGUGGCCCCAGCCUUGGGCCCUCAGGCUCCACCUUCAUCCACCCUCUUACUGGCAAACCCUUGGAUCCUAGCUCACCCUUAGCCCUUGCUCUGGCUGCCCGAGAGCGGGCUCUGGCCUCGCAAGCACCUUCCCGGUCCCCCACACCUGUGCACAGCCCUGAUGCUGACCGCCCUGGACCCCUCUUUGUGGAUGUGCAAACCCGAGACUCUGAGCGAGGGCCGUUGGCUUCACCAGCCUUCUCUCCUCGGAGCCCAGCCUGGAUUCCAGUGCCUGCUCGCAGAGAGGCCGAGAAGCCCCCUAGGGAAGAGAGGAAGUCACCAGAGGAUAAGAAAUCCAUGAUCCUCAGCGUUUUGGACACAUCCUUGCAGCGGCCAGCUGGUCUCAUUGUUGUGCAUGCCACCAGCAAUGGACAGGAGCCCAACAGGCUAGGGGCUGAAGAGGAGCGCCCCGGUACUCCGGAGCUGGCCCCAGCCCCCAUGCAGGCAACGGCUGUGGCAGAGCCUAUGCCAAGUCCCCGGGCCCAGCCCCCUGGCAGCAUUCCAGCAGAUUCUGGGCCAGGCCAAGGUAGCUCAGAGGAGGAACCAGAGCUGGUAUUUGCUGUGAACCUGCCUCCUGCUCAACUGUCCUCCAGCGAUGAAGAAACUAGGGAGGAGCUGGCCCGCAUUGGGCUAGUGCCACCCCCUGAAGAGUUUGCCAAUGGGAUCCUGCUGGCCACCCCACCCCCUGGACCGGGUCCCUUGCCCACCACGGUACCCAGCCCGGCCUCAGGGAAGCCCAGCAGUGAGCUGCCCCCUGCCCCUGAGUCUGCAGCUGACUCUGGAGUAGAGGAGGCUGACACUCGAAGCUCCAGUGACCCCCAUCUGGAGACCACAAGCACCAUUUCCACAGUGUCCAGCAUGUCCACCCUGAGCUCGGAGAGUGGGGAACUCACUGACACCCACACCUCCUUUGCCGAUGGACACACUUUUCUACUCGAGAAGCCACCAGUGCCUCCCAAGCCCAAGCUCAAGUCCCCGCUGGGGAAGGGGCCGGUGACCUUCAGGGACCCGUUGCUGAAGCAAUCCUCGGACAGUGAGCUCAUGGCCCAGCAGCACCAUGCUGCCUCUACUGGGUUGGCUUCUGCUGCUGGGCCUGCCCGCCCUCGCUACCUCUUCCAGAGAAGGUCCAAGCUGUGGGGGGACCCCGUGGAGAGUCGGGGGCUCCCUGGGCCUGAAGAUGACAAGCCAACUGUGAUCAGUGAGCUCAGCUCCCGUCUGCAGCAGCUGAACAAAGAUACACGCUCCUUGGGGGAGGAACCGGUUGGUGGCCUGGGCAGCCUGCUGGACCCUGCUAAGAAGUCUUCGCCCAUUGCAGCAGCUCGGCUCUUCAGCAGCCUCGGUGAGCUGAGCACCAUUUCAGCGCAGCGCAGCCCCGGGGGCCCGGGCGGAGGGGCCUCCUACUCGGUGCGGCCCAGCGGCCGGUACCCCGUGGCGAGACGAGCCCCAAGCCCAGUGAAGCCCGCAUCGCUGGAGCGGGUGGAGGGGCUGGGGGCGGGCGUGGGAGGCGCGGGGCGGCCCUUCGGCCUCACGCCUCCCACCAUCCUCAAGUCGUCCAGCCUCUCCAUCCCGCACGAACCCAAGGAAGUGCGCUUCGUGGUGCGAAGUGUGAGUGCGCGCAGCCGCUCCCCCUCGCCAUCUCCGCUGCCCUCACCUUCUCCCGGCUCUGGCCCCAGUGCCGGCCCGCGUAGGCCAUUCCAGCAGAAGCCCCUGCAGCUCUGGAGCAAGUUCGAUGUGGGCGACUGGUUGGAGAGCAUCCACUUAGGCGAGCACCGAGACCGCUUCGAGGACCAUGAGAUCGAAGGCGCACACCUGCCUGCGCUCACCAAGGACGACUUCGUGGAGCUGGGCGUCACACGCGUUGGUCACCGCAUGAACAUCGAGCGUGCACUCAGGCAGCUGGAUGGCAGCUGACGCCCCACUCCCUCUCCCGUUCCUGCUGCGCCCUGCCGGCAGGGCCCCCACCCCUAUUCCAGGCCGCAGGCUCGGCUCGCCCCCUACCACGGCGCCCCGGGCCAGGAAUGUUGCAUGAAUCGUCCCGUUUGCUGUUGCUUGGAGACUUGCCCUGUACAUUGCUUAGUGCCCUCCCCUGCCGCUGAACCCCACCCAGCACACAGUAAGGGCGCGGACCAGGGGGACUGGGUGGAAGGGGGUUAGGGCAGGGUGCUCUGGCCUGACCACCUCCUUCACAGCUCCUGGUGGCCAUUCUCCCAGAGGGGGAACUUAGUCCAGCAUGCGAGGUCAGGACACACCUUGGUGACUCGGGGGGGAGGGGGGAGACAUUGGGGUUCUCGAUGGGGGCAAGGAGCCCCUUGUUUUACAUAUUUUAAUCCACUCUAUAUUUGGAACGAGAAAAGGAACAAAUAUCUCUGUCCGUAACAGUUCCCACCCUCCUCCCCUCUAGUCCUCUCGCUGGUCCCGCCACAGCUGCCCAGUCUUCCAUCUCCGGCCCCUCACUGCCACCCCAUACAGGGCAGGGGACACUCCAGCUGGCCUGGGGUUAGCCAGGGUCCUGGCAGCCCACCCUGGGGACCCCGGCUCAGCUCCCUUCCCUCGCUGAGCUAUAGUAUGCCCCACCCACCCUUUAGGUGCUGCUCAGGGGGACGGGUGGCAGGCAUUGCCUGCUGGGCACUAGCAGGGCCAGGUGGCCUGGGAGAUUAUUGCCCUGGGGCUGGGCCCCGGUAACCCAAACCCCAGCCAUCAUCUUCACAGGGUCUCUCCCAAAGGAGGGGUCUAACCUUUCCACUUCUUGGGCAACUACAGCAGAGAAGCCUCCCUGCCUCGCACCCCAAAGACUCCCCAUUCCUGCUCUGUGUGUGUGCCACAUGUGUGUGCACGCCUGUGUGCUUGUGAAAACUGGGUGUGGCUGAGUGCAUGGGUGCCUGAUUGUGGAGUGGUCCCCAGGGGCUGUUCUGGAUGGGUGGGAGGUUGCAGAAGCUCGCACAGGGUGCAUGCAUGGGUGUGUGCCUGUGAAAGUGCCCUGUCUUCUCCAAAGAAAGCUGCUCUCGGUCAGUCCGGUCGGGUUGUGCUGUUUCCUCAGCCGGUUCUGCCCGAGCCUCACUCAGCUUAAGCAGGGUUUCUUGGUGAAUCCUGUCAGCUUCAGGAGGCCUCAAGGGCCCCCUGCAGGCCGUACCCUCUUUGGGCUUCUAGAGAGAUUGUGGGGACCACUAAUAUCAGGCCACAACAGCCCUUGGAGAGAGGCAAAGGCUCCUGAGGGUACCCUGGCCCCCUUACUGUGACUCCUCACACUCAGCAAUGACCUGUGGGGUGGGGGGCCCUGGGGCAUUUUUAAACAUAGGGUUUGGAGUCUGGACUAAGCUCCAUCCACGUCACUCACAAGUUUCUGUUUCUAUUUCUAGCUUUUUUUAAUAAAAAAUAAAAAAAAGACAGAAAACAGAUGUUUUCAUGGCCCAGGGGCUUGGCACGCCGGUCUGUGCUGGCCCACCGGCCCCAUUCCCUAGACAGAGUCACACCCACUAAUCCUUUCGCCAACAGACCAGGUCACACACACAGCAGCAGUCACUGUAACAGACUGCCACAUACACAGUCUCACAUUUGCCUGUGGGUUUUUGGUUCUGUUCAGUUUGGGUUUUUAACUUACAGGGUCAGUUCUGCUUCAACCCCCCUUUUGUAUGGAGUUCCAUCUGGGGGCUUUCACCCCCUGCUCCAGUCCUGAGGCCUCCUGACCCUGACGUUGUGAUACACCCCACAGAGAUCUAUGUUUCUUAUAUUAUUAUUAUUAAUAAUAAUUAUUAUAAUAUUAUGUAAUAAAUUUAUAAGAAAUGAAA